AGGAAGCGCGACGUUGCUGCUGCUGCAUCCGACGGUAGGAUUUCAACCGUCCUGAGUUGACGUUGGCAGAAGGAGUUCUUUCAUUUCCGCUGACAAGAGCGGCUCAACUGUUAUAAGUAGUAUCAUUAUCAUUAUUACCCUCUAGUAGCACAGUGUCAUCGCCGUACUUUUUUCGCGGCGCUAUUCGCAAAAAAUGCGGUUCGCACUUUCCUGCCUUGUCGGCGCAGUGGGGGCGUGGCUGUGGCGGCCCCCGCACGAGAGCAGUGUCGCGUGCUACCAGGGCAUCCACAACCCACUGUCUUUUCGCAACAAGCAGCGUCCUGGUCAGGUGUUCAGUCAGCGCUACGAGCGCUACCAACUCGGUGAAGUCAUCCCCAUCACGUCCGACGUGGCCCUCUUCCGCUUUCUCCUGCACGACCCAGAGGAUGAGUUCAACUUAAAGCCGUGCUCCACCCUGCAGGCGUGCUACAAAUACGGGGUGCAACCCACGGAGCAGUGUCAGCGCUUCUACACUCCGGUCACAUCGAACCACACCAAGGGAUUUUUUGACUUAAUCGUGAAGCGAAAGACGGAGGGGCUCAUGACGAACCACCUCUUCGGCAUGCACAUUGGCGACACGCUGCUCUUCCGCAGUGUGGCCUUCAAGAUCCAGUACCGACCCAAUCGCUGGCAGCACGUCGGGAUGAUCGGCGGUGGGACGGGCUUUACCCCGUUUCUCCAAAUUAUCCGACACGCGCUGACGGAGAGGUGGGACAGCGGGGAGGUGGACAAGACGCGGCUGUCGUUCUUGUUUUGCAACCGCACGGAGCGGCACAUCUUGCUGGGCGGCGUCUUCGACGACCUGGCGGAGCGCUUCUCGAAUCGGUUCCGCGUCUUCUACACCAUCGACCUCGCAGUGGACAAGGAGACGUGGAUGAAGAAGAGUAACCACUUUCUCGGCUACGUUUCGCCGGAGAUGGUGAAGGCGAGCAUGCCGGCGCCUGAUGAGAAGAACAAGAUCAUUAUGUUGUGCGGGCCUGACCCGCUGCUGUCCCACGUAGCGGGGACGCCGUUGUCCACCAUGUCCUCCAUGUCUGGUAGCUUGAACAUUCAGCCGAUGGCGACGGAUAUCAAUAAUCUUGUGAGUCUGGGUGGCAUUCUGGGGGAGCUGGGCUACGACAACAACGAAGUCUACCGCUUCUAA